CCUUAUUAUAUACUGCUUCAAUUCCUAGAUGGGCUUCUGACAUAUCUUUGUAUAAAUUAAAUAAGAGUACUUCCACUUAUUCUUGUGUAAUUACUCUUUUUAAUACUUCCUUGGUUGAAGUAUCGCAAUUUCCUAAAAUUUGUGAUGUGUUUGGUGCCUGUAAUUCGUCAAUUCUUGAGAGAUGUGUUGAUUCAACAACUACUGCAAUGCCAAAUGAUCA